GAAAAAAGCUUUCCAAUCAGUCUUAUUUGGUAAGAUUAGUGCUGAAAUGAAAAUUUCAAAGGCAACUUAAUGGAUAUGGUAAAAGGUAACUGGACAUUUCUAUUAAAUUUUCUGUUUCCCGCUUAAUAUACUUCCAGGUGCACGUGGGAGCGCACACACGAACACGAGACUGGAUGAUUCAGAGUGAGAGGAAGCUCCCAGAUUCUCAAUGGGUGGAACCAAUAGCAAUGAGUGGUUUAUCAUUUAAUAUUUCUCCAUAAGUUUUCUGGAUGAAAGGAGGAUGUGUCUACUGUUUUCUCAGAGUGAUCAUACCAAGAGGAAUGAAAUUUGAUUUCUGCAUGAGGGACUCACAGCUGACAGAUAAAGGAAUUAAAGGGAUUGGAAUAUGACUAUGGAGGGAAUGGCACACCCCAAGAGUCUCACAGAAAUUGGAUGGUGACAGCGGAGUGUUUUGAAAUGCUUGGGGUGUGCAAGUCAUAUACUCAAAGAAAAAGUGUAAACUAAGUGGGACCUGCUGGUGGACAGAAGACACUGAAAGUAGUGAAUCAUUUGUCCUGUGACCAAAGUCCUACCUGUAUCUCUCUGGUGAUUCUGGCUCCUUCUGAAGGGAGUCUACUUGCAGCACUUCCUGUCGCCAAGGCAGUUCGUGGCAAAGGCCUUUAAUCCGCCGCCUCAGCCUUAGGCUUGUUGCUGUUUGGCGUCCAUCUGGCCCUCCCUACUUCCGCCCCCUCAGACCAGCUUCCACAACCGCUUCCGCCUCCGUCUUAGCCCUCGCGGGUGCGGUUCCUGUGGCCCAGGCCAAGCCAUCUCCUCAACUUCGGUGGAUCUUUCCCUGCCAAAAAGCCAGUGAUGGAAGGGUUCGGGGAACACGGCGCAGCCGGCGAAGUGAGCCCAUUACUCGACGUUGUGGCAGCCGGCGCCUCUCCUCAGGCUUUGAUGGAGCCCUCCUCAGAGCCAGACUUUACCGAGAGCCUGCCUCUGGCGGUCAGGUUUCGAGUGUACGCUCUCUUAAAGCUUCAGGGCAAAUCCGCCCGCCUGGAGUCGAAGUACCUGAGGGAAUUUCAUUCUAUUGAGAGGAAGUUUGCCAGCAUCUAUGGGCCCUUGUUGGAAAAGAGACGCCAGAUCAUCAAUGCACUGUACGAGCCCACGAAAGAGGAGUGUGAGGUGAAGUCCAAGGUCGAGGACUAUGACUAUAAUGAGGUGACCGAUGACUGGAAUGCUCAGGUGUACAGUCCGGAGGAGAAUCCGGAGUAUGAGGACUUGGAGGAGUAUUGUCAGGAGAAUUUCGAGGAUGUCGAGGAGGCGUUUGAGGGGGAUGGAGGAAUAGAGGGAUAUUAUAUGGAGGGGGAAAAAGAGGAUCCUAUAGGAAUCCCUGAUUUUUGGCUCACAGUUUUAAAGAAUGUUCCGGAGAUCACUCCGCUGAUUAAGAAAUAUGACGAGCCCAUUCUGAAGUUACUGGAAGACGUGAAAGUCAAGUUUUCAAAACCCAACGAGCCACUAAGCUUCACGCUGGAAUUUCACUUCGAACCCAACGACUACUUCACAAAUGAGGUGCUGACCAAAACAUACAUGCUCAAGUCUAAGCUAAAUUACUCCGACCCCCACCCCUUCAGAGGAUCUGCGGUGAAGCAUUGCAUUGGCUGCAAGAUAGACUGGAAGGAGGGAAAGAACGUCACUGUGCAAACCAUCCUGAAGAAACAGAGGCACAAGUUUUGGGGACUGUUGCGUACCGCGACCCAGGAAUUUCCCCGGGAAUCCUUCUUCAACUUUUUCAGUGUUCUCCGCUGGGGUCUGGAUGCCGACGAAGAUGAGGAAGAUGUCCUCAUCGCUCACACUUUGCGCACCUUUGUCAUCCCAAGAGCUGUGUUAUACUUCACAGGAGAAGCCCUUGAGGUCCAGCAAGAGGGGAUGAUAAGAGAAUGUAAUAACCCGGCUUAUGAUGAAAUCACUCAGGAGAAUUGGGCAACUACGGCUGAAGAUGCUAAAGGCCAAGACCGGGACUUCCCGGCAGAAGACAUCGAUCGCUGAAGCAGAAUGGUUGAUGUAUGUAGGCCCCCUGGGUUAACAACCGGCAUUUACAAUAACCAAAACUUAACCAUUAGUUACUUGCAGUCUUAAUGUGUGUCUCUUCUUGGUAGUCUCAAUAUAGAACUAUGUCCAAAUGUAUUUAACGAAGCAUUUCAUCUAACACUCUAAUGCUGUAAACUUUGUUAAGAAAUUUAGAAGGUGGUGAAUUCUCUAAGCAUGUGAAUACCUUAUUAUUGUGAACCCGUGUGGCUUUUGUCAGGUUGCUGUUAAGUCUCCAGCUAUGUGAAAAUUACUAGAACUUGUAACAGAUCUAUCUGUAUGUUUUUUUUUCCCCUUGGAAAAAACAAAGGGAGAUAACAUUUUUUUCCCCAGCCCUCUCAGUGAGGUGAAUGGGCUUUAUUAUGCUUGCAUUAGCUGUGACUUCAUCUCUAUGUUAUAGAAAUAUAGCAAGUUGUACUAAAAUACAUAUGAUUUAUACUUUGUGAAACUGCUAGUAUAAGAACGAACAUUUGCAGCAAAUCCACAUUUAAUGUUAGUUACCUUGUUUGUAGGCUCCUAUAUUUUAUGUUGUAUAGUGAUCUACUCAAAACAUGGUUGCAUUAUUGCUUAUCAGUGAAAAGUGGUGAAAAACAUUUUUCCUAAGGCUGCCAUAAAUUAUACCGUGUACUGCUGCAAAGUGGAGUUAAAAUGUGCAUUUUUGUUUCUGGAAUAUUCUCAUCUUUCAUGGAAAUGGAUCACAUCAUUUGUUAAACUUUA